GUCCAAACCUAAGUCCACAGUUCAUUUUUUCUCUUGUUAUACAUUCAACUACCCCAAAGCAAAUUAUACUUGGAAUUUCUCACUCUCCAUUUAUUGGUUCUGCUUUUACAGGCUAAUUUAUACUGGCAUUUGAUAGACUGAAAAGGAGUACAAAUCUUGGAAUAUUAUACGAGUGGUAAUGGAAGGGAGACGAAUUCGAAGAUGGCGAAGCCACAACAAUCAAACUCAUAUAUUGCCUGUGCGCCUCAAUCAUCCACUAUCUAACUCCAUUUCUUGUUGGUAUUGUGACUUCAAAUCCUCAAUAUUAAACCAACCCUUGUUUCGUUUCGGACGAACAUAUUCAAGGUACUUGAAAGCUUGGUUCUCUAUGGGUGUUGGUUUUAGUCUUGCCGUUUUAUCAGCUGUUACUGUGAUUCUUUUGUAUGAAAUUGGCCAAAUACUGUGUCUUUAUUAUGGCAACUCCCAGAUGAGCAAUGUGAUGAGUGAAUAUCUGUUUGGUUUUUCUUCUACGAUAUCAGGCUUGACCAUCUCAGUGGCUGACGUUGGAUAUUUGUGCAUAUCUUCCAUCAUAUCGGUUUCAGUGCAUGAACUUGGGCACGCUCUAGCUGCUGCAAGUGAGGGCAUACAGAUGGAGUACAUCGCUGUGUUUUUGGCUGUAUUAUUUCCAGGCGCUCUAGUGGCAUUCAAUCAUGAGUUACUGCAGGCAUUAUCCAAAGUUUCUGCUCUUCGAAUAUACUGUGCUGGCGUUUGGCAUAAUGCAGUUCUUUGUGCUGUUUGUGCCUGGAUAUUGUUCCUUCAACCCUCAAUUUUGUAUCCAUUUUACAUUCAUGCUGAAGGCCCCAUGGUACUGGAUGUGUCUCCAGCAUCACCAUUGUCUGGCUAUUUAUCUCCUGGUGAUGUCAUCAUAUCAUUGGAUGAUAUCCGUAUCAAUAAUGUUCGGGAGUGGUCACAAAGUAUUGUUGUAUUAACUGAACACUCUUAUGAAAACUCUCAGAAUCACAGCCUUGAGAAAUCUAUGAAAAGAAGUAUUGGUAAAGGAUACUGCAUUCCCUAUUCUUUGGUUGAAGAAGGCAAACGUGUUUCGUUGGAAGGCAAGGAAGCUUCUUGUCCUGAUGAACUGAGUGCAUUUAUAACCAUUCCAUGCUUAGAUCAGGCCAUGCCCCAUGAUGACAAUCUUGAGGUUAACCAUCAAAGGGAUGGAGGUGAACUCCGUUGCUUUAAUGCGAAGGAUGUCUUGAAGCUUGAGAAAUGUGGUGAUGGUUGGGGCGGACUUCAUAGCAAUAGGAGCAGCUGCUUAUGUUCUAAGGAGGGAACAUGCUUUCAUCCACUUUUGUCGACCGGUGAAGCAUGGGUGGAGAUCACAUACUCAAGCCCUUCUCCCCUGCAAUGCUCGCAACUUGGAAGAAUGCGUGUGGUCGAUGAUGAUAACUCCAGGGAGAAACCCUGUGUUAAAACCUUUGUUUUUGUGGGUGAUGCAAUUUCAUUAAAACAUUCAGUUCUCUUGACUUCAUAUCAACCUCGUUGGUCAGCUAAAUUUGGUGCACGUCUUCCUUAUGUACUGGAGAAGUUUUUGAUGUUCACCUUUCAUGUCUCUUUGACGCUUGCACUUCUCAACAGCCUGCCGGUUUAUUUCCUUGAUGGUGAGGCCAUCUCUGAGGUGAUUAUAAACUACUUUAGGUUCCUAAGUUCCAGGAGGAGGAGAACUGUUCUUCAGUAUUUCCUAUUUGGUGGAACAGUUACAUCUAUUCUUGUCUUCGUCCGGGUUUUCCUUGUUUUAUUGUGAGGUAAAAUUGUCAUAUCAUGUUUCUUGUAAAGGUGGAGCUUGGAGACAUAUUUGCCCCCUCCGCAGGUUUGGAAAUUUUAUGUAAUCUUCAUUUAUAUUUUGAUAGAUCAACGUGGUAAAUGUUUUUUUGUGCCUCCCUCCCCCACUCUUUCCACAAAAAGAAAGAGGAAGGAAAACAUGUCAUCGACUCAAUUUUGGUCCUGUAAAAAAUGUUUACUAUGCACAAA